AUGUAUACUAAGCUCGCUAUAGGGAGAUACAUAUCAUCUUCGGUAGUUAUUGAUGUACCCAAAGGUCAUUUCUGUGUAUAUGUGGGUGAAAACAGAAUGAAGAGAUUUACAGUCCCGUUAUCAUAUCUUAAACAUCCUUUGUUUCAAACCUUGUUGAACAUGGCAGAAGAGGAGUUUGGUUAUACUCAUCCAAGGGGAGGCCUCACGUUUCCAUGCAAAGAAAAGACUUUUAUUGAAAUCAUUGACAAUAUACGGUUAGAAGGAGUGUGUUAA